AUGAGCGACUCCCAGACCGCUAUGGCGGGCAGCGCCAGCUAUCGUCACAACAGCGAGAGCUCGGACGGUUACCCAGGUGAAGAGAAGACGUUCACCUGCUCUCACCCGGGCUGUAGCAAACGGUUCACUCGGGCUGAGCAUAUGCAACGCCAUGCUCUCAAUCAUCAGCCUGGUGGUUUGAGUUGCGAUAUUUGCAGCGCUCACUUCAAGCGCCCUGAUCUGUUGAAACGGCAUAUGGACCGUCACCGUCAAAAAGAUCUCGAAGCAGGUGGACCAGGUUUUGGUGUUUUGGACACCAGGAAAAGAUCUUGGAAAGCACCAGACGGCUCUGUUGUUGAAAAAAGACCCUGUCCGUACCCUCCAGGCCGGGGUAGGACUUCAGGACGCGCACGCCCUCAAACCACCCAAGUACCUUCACCGGAACCGGAGCCUACCGACGGAGACCAAAGUGUCUCUUCUUUUGACGCAACUGGAGAACAAGACUUCUCAGUUGGGAGUAUUUCACCGGAUAUCCACAGGCGUCACACGGUUGAUCUACGACCUGCGAGCUUUGACUCAAACCAUUCUUACCCCUUUGAUCGUGGCAACCUAUUCGCCACGUCAGAGACCGUCAACGAUUUUGCUGGUUUCCCUCCAGCGCUGCAAUUUCACGAUUUCGGAGCAUCCGACAACCAGUUCGACCUGGAUGCCAAUCAGCCUAUCAACUGGGGCGACCCAUUCUCAAGCGAGCAUCUGGACUAUGACCAGAUCUUCCAGCCGGAUACUGCCAGCUCGUUUAAUAUGCCUUAUACCACCGCCUUAGACUACAACUGGCUUUUUAACAUGCAAGAGGCUGCUGGCCCCAUGAUUACAUCCAAAACAUCAACCCAGGAGUACAAUACUCAACUACCAGAGAACCCGUCGACUGCGCGGACACAGACCAACAUUGCAAUCACGCCUGAGUCUAUGAAGAGCGCUCAGCUUUGGAACGACCCCAUGGACGUCGCACCAACCGACAACAGUGGCCAAGAUAACCCGCCAAGUUAUAAUACCGUUAUACAAUCUGCUCCACAAGAGCUACCGCCGAGGGAGCCUCCAAAGAGACCUGCACCACGCAGCUCUGCGGAGAGAAACUCGGACAUGAACUCCGCACGGCGCGCCGCCGAAGCGUCAGGACCGACCCGAAAGCGGUAUACAGCAGUCAGUCGACCUGCUCCAAUUUUGGAGCCAGAGCGACCACUCUCAUCUCUCAGGAAGCCUCUCAAUACCCCGACUAUUGAUGAGAAGAUUCGAGAGAGACUUCUAAAUACCGCCGAUGCAGCCAAGCCCUGUCUUCCCGAUCAGCGUUAUACCAUCUGGGAGCACCCCCUGUUAUCCGUUGACUCUCUCAACUCCUAUCUUCACCUGUUCUUUACUCGCUUCAAUACGGCCUAUCCUCUGAUGCACCUCGAAACGUUCAAUUGUGCAGACACCGAGCCGCUUCUUCUCCUCUCCAUACUUCUACUGGGAGCGACUUACUCGAGCAAGGAUUGCCACCAACUGGCCGUCUGCAUACAUGAUGUAAUCAGACCAAGCAUCUUUGCGCAUGCUGGCUUCUCUCCCAGGCCUGAGCUGUGGACAUUGCAAACUAUUCUGCUGGUGGAAUGCUUCGGAAAGUCUCGUGCGGGACAGAAGCAGCAUGAUAUGAGCCACCUGUUCCAUGGUCUCUUGAUCAAUCUUAUCAGACGUUCUGACUGCCAAUCUGUGAGGCCGCCUGGUCCACCACCUGUUGGUGGAGAUGAGAGUGCCGGGUCUUUGGAUAAGCUGUGGAAGAAGUGGGCCGAGGCCGAGCAGAAGAAGAGGCUUGCUUUACUUUGUUUCAUGUGGGAUACGCAGCACGCAGUGCUCUUCUGCCAGAGCCUCUGUAUGUCAGCUUUUGAGCUUCGCCUCGAGCUUCCCUGUAACCAGAGCAUUUGGGAGGCAAGAGAUGCGACGGAGUGGGUAUCUGCAUGGCGAUCCAGCAUCAGUGACCAGAGAACUUUCUACCUCCCUGUUCUGAAGGCGUAUCUUAUGCCAUCUGGUCCAAGAACCCACGGCCUCAGUGGCUUCUCUCGCAUUCUCGUGCUCCACGGCCUGAUGUCCGUCGCCUGGGAUAUGGGGCGUCGUGAUCAGACUGCCCUCGGCGUUAUCUCCGGAGAGAGUCCGGGUCCAGGUUCCGGAUGGCGCAAGACACUGAGCUCGGGCUAUGAUGCUUGGAGGAGCGACUUCGACUGGUACUGCAAUAACUUCUUCGCCCAAAUGCCACGGGGGCCACCGUCACCAGAUGAUGAUGUUCGGAAGAUGGAGUUUGAAUCCUUUACGGCGGCGUACAAGGCCCUGUAUCACUCUGCCCAGGCGCUGCUGAACAUGGACUUCUUGGAUGUGCAGAUUUAUGCAGGUGCGAGACACAUACUCGGCAGACCAGUGCAACAGAAGGAUUACAUGCGGUCCGCGCAGGUCGUCAAGAGAUGGGCUUCCGCAACGAAUAAUGGCCCAGGUGAGGCGCAGGGCUCAAGACCAGGAGAAUCCUCUGCAGCAACCCCGUCAGACCAGAGCGUGGGGCAGAAGCAGUCUGCCACAGCGGCCGCAUGGCAUGCAGCGCAAAUGUUGCGAGAGACCAAGAAGACGCUGAGCGGCACGGAGGCGAUGAACCUCUUCCACGUUCCAUGGUGUCUUUAUCUGGCGACGUUGACGUGCUGGGCGUUCCAUCAUGCGCGGCCGAACAGGAACUACGGCGUACCUUCGCGCAGAAACUUUGACGCGAUGGGAGAGUUUGACGAGGAUGAGGACUGCGAGGAAGACGAGAUGAUUUGGGACCCGCAGGGCGAGAUGGACGCGUUGAUCUCGAGUAUGUCAGAGCGGGUGGAGCGUAAUGAUGCUACGUUAAGGAGGGAGAAGAGGCGGACCAAUGGCCUGGUGUGGAUUAUGGCGGAUAUCCUGACGACGGUUAGAUGGGGGAUCGUGCAUGCGGGCGUUGUUGUGCUGAGGGGGCUUGUGCCUCAGCGGCUGAUUAACCAGUAUGAGGAGGCUAUCUAA